AUUGGGGUUAGUUUAUUUUUGAUAUUUCCGUAAUGGUGGACGUGAACUUGUAAACUCGACGAUAUUCUUUCAUAUAAACGUCAUUUUUACUCGGAGAGAAUCAUCGGAAAGUUUCAAGAUGCCGUCAGUAGAAGACACCCUGUUCCAGUUGAAGUUCACAUGCAAACAGUUAGAAAGAUCCUCAAAGAAAUGCGAGAAGGAGGAGAAGGCACAACAAGCUAAAGUGAAAAAGGCUCUACAACAAAAAAAUAUUGAAGGAGCGAAGAUUUAUGCAGAAAAUGCAAUCAGAAAGAAAAAUGAAGGGUUGAAUUAUCUAAGACUUGCUUCUCGUGUAGAUGCAGUGUCAUCAAAAGUUCAGAGUGCCAUGAUGAUGAAACAGGUUACUAAGAGCAUGGAUGGUGUGGUUAAAGGGUUAGAUAAAGCUAUGGCAUCCAUGGACCUGGAAAAGAUUUCAGCUACCAUGGAGAAGUUUGAGGGCAUGUUUGAAGAUCUUGAUGUUAAUACUCAGGUUUUGGAAAAUGCAAUGGGAGAAGCAACUACAUUGUCCACUCCUCAAGACCAGGUUGAAGCACUUAUUCAGCAAGUUGCAGAAGAAAAUGGUCUUGAGAUAAUGAGUCAGUUGGAGGCUGUACAGCCUGGUACAUCAUCAUUGAGAACUCAAGAGUCACAAAGAAGUCAAGGAGAGGAGGAUCAGCUUAGUAAAAGACUGGCUUCUCUACGCAGUUAAUGGAUAUCUGAAGGAAAAACACAUGACUAGUAAUCUCAAUUUAUACCCUUCAAGUGCAUACAAGCAGAAGAAGUUAGUUAAAGGCGUCACAGACUCGAGGAAACUGUCUAGGUAAUCACAGCGGUCAAUUGUCUACGCAUGUGCAUACGAUGACUUUCUUGGUGAAGCUCAAAGCGAAAUUGUAAUGUUCAGAGAAAACCCAAGCAUUACUUUUCCCUACUUUUGUCUCUUUACGGACUUCCAAAGUCUUUUUUUUUCUUUUUUGGUUAGUUUUUCGUGGUACGAGCCCUUUCUUGUGUUUUCCUUGAAGAUUUUACGCGGGAAGUUGAUACGCGGCUGACCAGAAGUGAUUCAUUUAUACAUGCUCGACGCUUGACCGCUGUGUUGCUGUGUUGUCUAAGCAAGAUGUACAUAUGUUCCUUGGAAAUGUAUCAAAGUUUUAUAAGGUGCUGAAUGAUUUAAGAAAGUUGUCGGUCUACACAGUUUUGAAACCUUUUUGAUGUAGCUAGAUAGUUACUUAAUAAUAUUUAAUUAACUUUGAAUUCAAAGACGUGUAAUGUUCCUUCUACAACUCUAGAAAACUUAUAAGCACGGUAGAUGGGGAAUCAGAAUUAAGUAAAUCUUUUUACCUAAAUGAGGUAUUUUCUUGAUGUGAACAAACUCUCAUAACUGUUAUGCAAGGAUGUGUAUUACAUAGAGAUGAGAGAAUUCAAAUAAUGAGAUUUUAGUGGACAAAGGGAUGAGAGAUUAUGAUCCAACGGAGAGGAGUUAAGGGACGAAUUUGAAGUCCACAUCAAAGAUGGAUUCCAUACUGUCACACUAAUAGUCCAUUUUACAGUUGUGUGCUUGGUUGCCAAGCCUUUGAACAGGAGUGAGGCUAAGGAUGACCUUGUUAUGAUACAAACCUAGCUGCUUUUCACAUGAAAAUUACUGUUAUCACGCUAACUAGAUACUGGUCUCUAUCACAAUAAGGUCACCUUCAGCCUCACUUCAAAUCAAAGGCUUGGCAACUAAGUACACAACUGUAAAAUGGCCUAUUGAGCUCCAGCUUCUCCCUAAAAUAAUAAUGUACAAUCUAACAACUUCCCUCGUGUACUAACUCUGUGUGGAUACUCUGUUGAUACUCGGCGCUUUUAUGGCCUGAAAUGAGUUACGUCACUAAAAACCAAAAGAAUGGUGGAGAGUGGAAAAGAGUAACAGCAAAUUACAAUAAGGAAACAUUAGAAAUAAACUUUUUGAGAUGUA